UCACAUUGCCACGAUAGCAUGGUCUCUACGCAAUCUCUAUUCUCCGAAUCGGGGAAUUAUGUAAAGGUACGGAUACUCGGACGCGGACUGAGCUCGCUCGUGCCGGACCUGGCGUGUCCCUUCGGCUCGCGCCUCGAGAAGUCAUGGUCUCAGCGGAAGCAGCAUUGUUGAGUCCUCAGUUCGACACACGAAUGCACGCCUCGCACCCUCUCUGCUCCAGUAUAAGUACAGUCACAUACAUGGCUGUGUGGACCCGACGCACUCCAUGACCCAUUGGCAGCGAUCAUGCCUGAACACACCGAACAUUCACCGCGUGGACAAUCCUCAACCGCUACGACCGCCUAUAACCGGCUCGUCCAUCGCUAUCUGCGCGAGGAUAACAGGCACAUCUGGCUGUCGUGCUGCGUAGCAGUAUCGUCGUGUGCGUUCUUCCCACUCAGCUUGCUGGUCGCGCGCCGUAUUCCGCGGCUUGCUACCACUGCAUGGGCGCGAGAGGCCUGGGGCGACAAAGACGGUGUCAUCAUGCUUCUUCAAACAUCUGCAUUCUCGGGAUGGGUGGCCUACUACCACGCGCGCUGGAGACAAUAUGAAAGGAUGGAAGAGAAGGACGUGGACUUCCGGACCAUUAGCCGAGCCAAUUUCUUGAGCAUGGAUCGCUUCAAGCUUCAAUCUCCUGGGAGUUCUUGGAGUGUGGUGAAGGCAGUUUCGUUACCAGCAGACAACUUGGACAGUCCGAUUGACAUCAUCGAGAGGAUUGGCAUGAACUCUGCUAAGCUGUGGACAUCCCCAACACGCCUAUGGGUGAUGCGCAAGACCUUGGAGGACGACCUACGGAAACAUGGUGUGUCGCAGAGUGACAUCGAAAGGAUAGUAAUCCUUCUCGGAGGGGCGCCAGAUUGUGAAAAGCAUGUAUUCGUUGGAAGAUUACUAUCACUGGCCUGCGUGGCGGGUGGUGCUUGGCCUUUCUUCAUAAUGCGGCCACGGCCAAGGUGGCUGCGCCCAGGUAUCGCACUGGCUAUGACACUAUGUGUCUAGCCUUGGUUAUUUCCAGCAUCUCUGGAUAGCUCUGCACAUUCAGAACAGGUUUGCUGUUGCUACUGUCUUGAGAGAGAGGGGCUUAGCAUAUUAGCGUCGGAGGACUGGACGUACUCUACUGAACCAGUCUAUUGUUGAGUAUGCUACUGUUCAGUUACUGUGUGUUGUCUACUACGUCUCUGCUCCCAACCCCACUGACACAUAAACUUUUCUUGGUUCAGUACCUUGCUAAUCAAUAUUCAAAAUUCUAACGUACAGUGCGAAGAGUUCACUUAGUACUAUGUGACGG